AAUCCACAGAAAAAGGUAUUAUGUGAUUUGCACAAAAAGAAGUAAUUGAAUGGGUAAGAAAUCAGCGUUUGUCUUAAAAACCGAUGAAUUUCAUCAUCUAGAAGCUGAUUGUCAAGCUAAACACAUCUCAGCACAUAUCAUCACGUAGAAAAUGCGAAAAGAGUCCAUAAAAUUUUUUUUGGUGCAACUUUGAUGACUGAAAUUUUCAAAUAUGACGUUGCAGCCGUCAUCAGUUCUCGAUCUCCGCAAAAAAACACAACAAUCGGAAUGAAAAAAAAAAGUUUUUGAAAAGGAAAGGAAAGAAGAAAUAAAGCUGAAUGUUGUUCGCUCAAUACUUAUUAUAUACUUUAUUUUCUUUCCUCUACAACGUGAACUGAGCCACACAUUCAGUUCAGUCAGUCAUUCAGAAACUGUUGAGUAGCGAGGAAUACAGACAGUAAUAUUAUUUUUAAACAACCUUAGCGGCUUCUUGCGUUUAAUUUUAUUUUAAUUUUUUUUAUUAUUUUUGCUUUUCGCGAUUGUCUCUUUUUUGUGUUAUUUUUUUUGUGGAAUUUUAUUUGCGUAUGUCGGGAUAUAUCUCCGGACAGUAGCUGUGAAAAGAAGACAUAAAAGUGAGAAACAACAAGUGUGUUUUCCCAAUUCCUUCAUAAUCGUGUGAUUUAGUCACUGUAACAAUUAAUAAGAAAAAUAAGAAGAAAAAAUAAAAACAUAAAAAAAAUUUAUUUUGUGUGAAUUUUUUUUUUCUUCAUAAAGUGCGAAAUAAAAAAAUUUUAAUAGUCAAAUAUAAAAAUUGUUUCAAAUGACACUGAUAAGUAGAUGAAGUGUGGAGGAAAUUGUGAUUUAUUUUUAGUCGACUUAAUUUAAUUUAUCGCUACGUGAACUCUAGUUUUGUGUGCUAAAUGUGAAAUUUUAUUUUUGCGAAAAAAUAAAAUAAAUAAUUUUGUGUUUGUGGAAUCGAUCGAAACUUUUGAUGUUAGAAUAAAUAUCAUAAUUAGUCAACUUGUUGUGGAAUAAAAAUUUUUUUAAAAGUCGGUAGUUAAAAGAAGAAGGAAUCACAGACAGGAAAGAAACUUAUUUUAAUACGAUUACGUGCGAGGACAGGAAAAAAAAUUCCCAUAUUGGAUUUGUGCAUUUUAUUCGAGAAUAUUGGAUUCUAUUCAGCCCAACAUUCGAUUCAACUUUUAAUAGAAACAUAAACAAAGAGUAAUAAAAAGCUUAACAAAAUAGAUCAUUAAAAAUGUCACAAAUAAACAGCAAGAAGAAACUACAACAAAAUGUGCUGCCAUUAUUAAGUUAUAAGCAAAUCUUUUCAUUAUUAAUAUUGCUACUAGUCACAUCAUCAUCAACACAAACGCCAUCAACACCGUACGUAUGUCCAACGGAUUGCGAAUGUAACUUAGAUAACUUCAGUGCCAAGUGUGAGAAUUUAGAAUCACUUAUAGCCAGUUACAGUAGGAAGCAUGCGAGUAAAAAAUUCAUGCCUAUUAAAUCACUCGAUUUAUCGAAUAAUGAGCUUACAAAAAUAUCAAAUCAAUUGGAGGUGCUGGUGAAUUUAACAGAAUUGAAUUUGUCACACAAUAAAUUAUCGCAAGUUCGUAAGCUAAACUUCCAAUACUUAGAGUCAUUGGACUUAAGUCAUAAUCAUAUCACGUCAGGAAAGUUGUCAAAAUUACCGAAAAACAUUGUUAACCUCAAUCUUGCAUAUAAUGACAUCACAUACCUGCCCGUUGAUUUUAUGAAAUUAAAAAAGCUUCGUACACUUGAUUUACAUGAGAAUCCAUUAAAUUGUACAUGCGAUACACUUCAUGUACGCAACUGGAUGUCAUAUCAGAAUGUAUGGUCGAGUAAAGUUAUUAAAUGUACAUCACCGCAAAUUGUUAAAGGACAACCAUGGUUGCAAGCACGACAAAAUGAUAUUUGCUUGGAGGCAACGACCACGAGACCCAUCAAAAAGACAUGGGAUGAUAUUGAUGAUAAUGAUGUCAUGUUGGGUGAUCAGCCACAAAUGGAAGAUAAUGAAGGUGAUGAUAAUAAAAAGCCAGAUUAUGAAUAUGAUGAUGGACAAGACAUAUUUGAUAAUGCAAUGCUGAACGAUGAGCCAAAAGAUGAUGAUCAAUACAACGAUUAUGAUGAAAAGAUUGAGAAGGAUGAGCUUGCUGAUGAUUUUCUAGUAGUCAAGUCAGACAACAAAGCUGAAACAACAGCUGCACCAGAAAGUUCUGUCGAAAAAACACAAGCUAAUUAUGAUGAUAUGGUUGAAGGAAGUGGUGAGCCAAUGCUUUUACCUGUAAUGGAGCAUGUACAUGAAGAGAAACCUGACGAAUUAACAAAAACAGACGAAGAUGAAGAUGAGGGGUCUGGCGAAGGAUCAGGAUUCAUCCCGAUUUUCAUUCCUGAUAGAGAAUCAACAUCUGAAUCAACACAAUCAGAACCAACAACUGAAAAUUCAAGCAGUUCUGAUAGCCAAGAGAAGCCAGAUGUAGUAAAAACUAGCGAUGAAGAUUAUGAUACAGAAGAUGAUAAAGUAACUACAGAAGCAUCAUUGGUUCCAAUUCAUGUGCCAGAUGAAUCAGCAAAACCAGAUGAUAAGUCAGAAGAAGAUGAGAAUGAAACGACAGAUGCAUCAAUAAUUUCAGGUACUUCAACUAAAAAGCAUGAUUUAAAAUUGGGAAUAUUUGAAGAUAACACUGAACCACCAAUAAUUCUAGGUAAAGGUCAAUCAGGCAAGAUUGACGAAGAACCACCAAAAGAGCCGGAAGCUGAAGUUGUUCCUGAUGUAACUGAAUCUGGCGAGAAUAAACAACAAAUUAAGUCAGCAACAACCGAAGAUAACACUGGCACAUACAUAUUACUAGCUAUUAUCGGUAUACUCCUCAUCUCUUUGAUCAUUUUCGUCGCAAUGAAGAACCGACAAGAGAAACGACAAGCACGUAAUCGAUAUGAUGUUGAGAAGAAUGGCGCAACAGAAUUACAAGAUAUGGACAAGAGACAAGGAUUGUUAGGCAAACCAAUUGAGAAGAAUGGAAAUGGAAAGCAUGCAGAACAUUCGCCAUUAAUUGAUUAUCCAGACCAUAAAGAUAACCGACCAGAAUUAACAUCAUUUAAGCCACCACAAAUCACAGUCGAUGAGCCUGUCCAAGAACUUCCGCAUAAAGAGAAGGAAAAAUCUCAACAGAGUCUAUAUGAUAUGCCAAAUGGAAAUGGAAAUGUUCAUGAGCCAAUUGAGGCAGUACACGCGAGUCCAAAUAAUGGUUCCGUACCAAGAACACUUGACAGUGAUGAUGAUGUAUUCCAUCCUGCAUCCGACACACCAAUCGAUCCCGAAUCUUUAAAUGUUUCACCUGAACCACCAAAAAGAUACAGUCCAGUCUAUCCACCCGUAUCGCCGCGAUCAGCACGUUACUCACCUGUUUAUUCACCUGAAACGGGACGAGUUAAAAUCAAAUUGACUGAAACGCCAAAGCCUAAGACACCCGUUGUGGUAACGAGAAGUAGAAGUCGAGCUGGAGAUUAUGUUAAUACACCAAACAACUAAUGAAUGCUUCUUUUCUUUUGUCUAUUUUCUUUUUUUGUUUUAUUUUGAAUUUUUAUUAAUAUUUUUUUUGAAUGAAUGACGAGAAAAAUAAAAUUUUAUUAGGGCAAAAAAAUAAUAAUUUUGUGGACACGAUAGAAAUGGAUGGUGCAUGAAUGUUGAUCGAUGGGAUGAAGAAUAUUUGGAUUCUUAUUAAUAAUCACAACAAAAAAAUUUUAAAUCAAAUAAUUUUUCAGGGAGGUUGGGGGUGCUCACUAGGAAUUUUGACAAUAUUUUUGGUGAGGUAUCUAGUGAGCAUCUUCAUCCUUCUGUAUAGAAAGAAAAACAUUAAAUAAAAAAUUAUUUAAAGUAAAUGAAUAUUAAAAAAUUUCUUGAAAGUUUCUAUUAGAAAAGUAAAUAGAAUUGUUGGUUGGAGGAAUUGGUCAGUUUUUUAAGGAUGAAGAGAUUCGAACUUUGAAGAAUUGGGCUUUUUAUUAUUCAAUCAUUAUUGAUGAUUCGCAUCUCAAUAAAGUUUAUAACCUGAUUAAUACUACACUAAAGGUUUCGAACAGCAGAAUCGAUACUAAGACAUUAUCAUCUACAUAUAAUAACUCUUCCGGGACUAUCCAAACUUCAGAUUUAUGCAAAUCUAAUGGUCUUUCCAUUGUAAUACCAAAACCAGUCUACAAUAUUAACCAGAAAUAUUUAUUUGACCAAAUAAGGCAUCAUAAUCUAAAUGUCAUAUCAAAUCUUCUACAAGAUUGCAUCGCUAUUGAGUCAAAUGUCAUGAAAGUUUAAUCGUUUUUAACCAGUUAAUUCAUGUGAUUUAGAUUGUAUAGAAACAUCAUAAGUUGUACAAACUCAAAGGAUGAAAUUUGACAUUAAAAAAAAUUUGCUUAAGAAUAAAAGAGAUUGCUUAUUGCUUGGCUAUAUGACGAUUAAAAAUGUUUGUGGUUAAAACAAAGUUUUAAACCUAAUCAAAAAUUUCUUCAUCCUUUAUAUGAUCCAAAACCAGAGGAAUUGAUGAACUACUAGGUUGUCAGUACCAGGGAUUAUUACUGGUACUUAGUAUUAGGUACAGUACUAGGUCACAGGGAACGGUACAAUAGAUUCUGUCAUCGAUAAGGAUCGCAGUGCCUUCAGCUCGUCGCAACGUGUAGUAACACACCGCUUGGCUGGAACCAAUCGUCUUAUAUUAUUAUUAUUAAGUGCAGUACAAGAUUUUAAGCACUGGAUGCUAAGUACUAAAUGCUAAGUCCUAGGUCUUAAGUACUAGCUGCUAAGUCCUAGGUCCUAAGUACUAGGCGCUUUGGACUAGCUACUAAAUACUAGGCACUUAGUACUAGCUACUAAAUACUACGUACAAGGUUCUAGAUGGUUAUUAAAAUUAAAACAAUCAAACAUUAUUCUAAAUACUAAAUGAAAUUUUUAGAUGUGUUCUUGGGAUAUUUAAGAAGGAUUUGGGAUAAAUCUAGGUGAUGAUAAGCUUUGAUUAAAAAUCUUAAAACAAAAUGUGUUCAAAUUAGAAAGAAAUUAUACUUAGAAUGAUGUUUGUUUAAUUGUUUUUAAAACUCUUAAGAUUCGCACAUUCUUCAAUCAAUUCAAUUCCUCAUCCUCCCAAAGAAAGUGACCAAUUCCAUCCAGAAAACAAACCAGAGAAUAUAAAAAACAAUUGUAUAUUUAAAAAUUACAUAACACACAUUACUAUUUCAUUUAUAGAGUCAGAGU